AUGUCGGAUUCCGGCCGGGGGCGGAACGGCGGUGGGAACGGGCCGAGGGCCCGGUGGCGAAGGGGUGCAGGGGCGGCCCGGGGGGAGCGAGGCCUGCGCGAGCAGCGCGGCCGCCUCGGAGGCGCAGGGGGUGCGGCCGUCCCCCCGCAGCGCGCUCCCCGGGGCGCCAUCUUGGCUCGCUCCUGCGCCUUCAGGAACGCGCGGCGGCGCUCCCGGGCCGGGCCGCGGGCCCGCACUCACCUGCGGACGGGCGGCGGCGCGGGUAGGACUUGGACAGGGCGAGGCUGCCAGGGUACCGGGCGUCCUCGCGGCUCGGCUCGCAGCCUCACUCCACUCCGCGAUAGCGGCUCCGCGGCAGCUCCACCGGAAACGAGCCGACCGCAGCCAAUCAGCGCUCGGCUGCUGACGUCAAUGCGCCUCGCUCUGGCCAGAGCGGUUGCCUUGGCAACCUUAAAGGUGCGGGCGCCUGGCUGCCUCCUCCCUCUACCCUUAAGCGGUCGACGUCUAUCUAGCUGGAGUGGUUCUCGUGCCCAGCAUCUAUCCAUCUUAUCUUGUGGAGAAUGCCCAGCCCGUUCCUCGCUCCCAUCUUUUUCUUCUAUUCCCGCUAACCUGUUUUCUGUCUCCUUGUUGUUUUUAACUUGCCUCUUCCUUACCAGAUGUAGGGCUCCUCUGGAUUGUUCCGUUGAUCAGAGAUUCGGCCUCUCCUUGAGUUCCACUCAGGCCCUCUCGUCUGCCUCCCUCCACGCCUCUGCCUUUUCUCCCUCCCUUCAACCCCUCCUCCGGCCCACGUGGGGCGUUUCAGUGACAGGCUCUGGAAGAGUAAGAGACCCUAGCGGAUCUGCCAUAGCUGAGCCCAAGCGGAUGCUGGGAUGCUCCUGAUGGACAAAGUGCUCAUCCUGUGUAGGCCCCGCGAUACCCGGAGCUCUGGACGGUCAUCCGGUCCAAGAAAUCCGAGCCCUCAUCAGGCCUCUGUUUGGCAAAUCUGACCGCUGUCUCCUAGAGUGAGCUGCCAUCAGUGAAGGCCAUACAGUGCCUACAGAGGCACAAGACAUAGGAAAAGACUUACAGGAGGAGACCACCGUCCUCAUAAUGCCCUUUCGUUCUAUCAUGCUGUAGUGUGUGGUGGAAAGUCAUUGACCUCACAGGAAACCUCAGCUUGCAGGAAAAAGUAGGAGAAUUUUGGAGAAAAAGAUGACCUCGUUAUUCCUUCAGCCAACUUUACCCCAUAAAUAUCUGAAAUUGAAAGCAGGGGAGACAAUUUUAGACAUAGGAAGUUAAAUGAAUAGAGUGGGCCUAAAUAAAUACAUAAAUAAAUUAGCCACUUGCUUUGUAUGGGUCUGAGUGGCUGCAACUUUUUAACAGCCUUGUCAUGUAUGUUCUAGGGUAGUGUGUGUAGAAAAUAUCAUGGAUUUCACACUUACUACCAAAAGAAAGGCUACAAUAUCUCCUGCAUAAUUUUCAUAUUGAUCUCUGGUUAAGAUACGCGGGUUAAAUGGUAUUUUUAAAUUUCACCUUUCCAAGCCCGUCUUCAUCCUUGAAUACCCCAGACUACGAUAAGGGCUCUGAAUAUUAGUUAUGAUUAACCCCUGGUAGUCAGAGGAAAGAAGGGGAAAAGAAGAAGGAGGUUCCUCCCUUUGCUACCUCUCCCCAGCAUGUUGACUAUUGGCUUUUUUUUUCCAGAGAUGAGUGGAAUGUAGGAUUAAAGACUUGGUCAUAUAGGAUUUCACCUUCCCCAGUACAAAGAAAGGCUGAUAAAUGCAACCCUAAGCUGGCAAACAGGAGAGGAAAUUUGAUAGCACUCAGCAUGCCUGGUCCUGCUCUGAGGAAAGGAAAAAAAAAAAAAACACUGAAGAUAAAUCUGAGUUUGUUUUC